UUUGAAAUUUAGGGGCUUCCAGUUUACCCAGGCCAUGGUCUUUGCCAUUGAGGAGAUCAAUAACCGCACUGACCUGUUGCCUGGCCUCUCUCUGGGCUACAAAAUCUAUGAUUCUUGUGGCUCCAUCGCUAGAGCGGUGAGGGUGGCACUGGCUUUGGCCAAUGGAGAUGGAGACAGCCCUUUGGAUGAGCCUUGUAUCAGACCAGCCCAGGUGCAGGCCAUUGUGGGAGAGACGGCGUCCUCGCCUUGCAUGGCUAUAGCAACUGUUAUCGGACCUUUUCACAUCCCACUGAUAAGCCACUUUGCCACUUGUGCUUGUCUCAGUGAUAAAGUCAAAUACCCAUCUUUCUUAAGGACAAUACCCAGUGAUUAUUACCAGAGUAGAGCUCUUGCCCAACUGGUCAAGUACUUUGGUUGGACCUGGGUGGGAGCUAUCAGAACCAAUGAUGAUUAUGGCAAUAAUGGAAUGGCCACAUUCACAGAGACUGCCCGACAGCUUGGUAUAUGUCUGGAGUUUUCAGUAUCUUUCUUUAGGAUGGAUCCACCAGACAAAUUAAAAAAGAUAAUCGAUGUUAUCAAGGUUUCUACGUCCAAAGUGAUUGUUGCAUUCCUCUCCCACAUGGACCUGGAGGUAUUAAUUCAUCAACUGUCACAUCACAACCUGACUGGCUACCAGUGGGUCGGCACAGAGUCUUGGAUCUUUGAUUCCCAAAUGGCAGCUAUGGAUCAGACACACAUCCUAGAUGGAGCAAUCGGGUUGGCCAUCCCCAAAGCACAUGUCAGCGGAAUGAGGGAGUUCAUGUUGGACAUAAAACGUCUAAAUACAUCUGGCGAUGACACAUUUAGGUUAUUCUGGGAGACAUUAUUCACGUGUCAGUUUGAGAGGGCAAACUCAUCAGGUGAUAAGCGAAGGGAGUGCAGCGGUUUUGAAGACCUUAGCAGCGUUCAAAAGACCUUCACUGAUAUGUCGCUCAUGCCAAUCUUUAACAAUGUCUAUAAAGCUGUGUACGCCGUGGCCCAUGCACUUCAUGAUAUUCUUGGCUGUAACACAACAUGUAACACAAAUCUUCAGCUACAGCCAUUUACAAUUUUACGCCACCUGAAGAAGAUUAGAUUCAGAACUAAAGAAGGAGAUGAGGUUUACUUCAAUGAGAAUGGAGAUCCAACAGCCAAGUAUGAAAUCAUAAACUGGCAGCCAACAGUAAACGGGACAGUCAAAUUUGUCACAGUUGGUCUCUAUGACGCAUCUGCAAACAAACAGCUGAACCUGAAUAAUAGAACUCUGAUUUGGGCUAAGAACUCACACAAGGUGAGUGGUGUAUGCGUACCACAGUUGAUUGCAAAACGUGUUUACAAGUUUCCCUACAUUUUUGUCAUGCAGGUCCCUGUGUCAGUUUGCAGUGAGAAAUGUCAGCCAGGGACACGAAAGGUUCUGCAGAAAGGAAAGCCCGUCUGCUGCUAUGAUUGCGUGAGGUGUGCAGAGGGUGAAUUCAGUAACACCACAGAUUCUGUCACAUGUAUGCGAUGCCACCCAGAUUUCUGGUCAAACCAGAGGAGAGAUGCCUGCACGAGGAAAGAAGCAGAGUUUUUGUCGUACAAGGGGGUCAUGGGAUCUCUCCUCACAACGGCAUCUCUAUUGGGCUCGUGCCUGACUGCUGCUGUGGCUUUUGUUUACUUCAAAAACAGGAAGACUCCAAUCGUCAGGGCCAACAACUCAGAACUAAGCUUCCUGUUGCUGCUCUCUUUAUUUUUGUGCUUCCUGUGCUCUCUGACCUUCAUCGGCCGGCCCACCGAGUGGUCCUGCAUGCUACGACACACGGCGUUUGGUAUAACCUUUGUGCUCUGCAUCUCCUGCGUGUUGGGCAAAACUGUUGUGGUGCUGAUGGCCUUUAGGUCCACGCUUCCUGACAGUCAUGUCAUGAAGUGGUUUGGCCCUCUUCAGCAAAGACUCAGUGUGCUGGCUUUCACUCUCAUCCAGGUGGUCAUUUGUGUCCUCUGGCUCAUCAUCGCUCCUCCAUUUCCUUUUAAAAAUUUCAAAGAGUUUAAGGAUAAAAUCAUUUUGGAGUGUGCUGUGGGUUCACCUCUGGGGUUCUGGGCUGUGCUUGGCUACAUAGGAAUCUUGGCACUGUUAUGUUUCGUUCUGGCCUUUCUGGCCCGCAAGCUUCCUGAUAACUUUAAUGAAGCCAAACUGAUCACUUUCAGCAUGUUGAUAUUUUCUGCUGUCUGGAUUACUUUCAUCCCAGCUUAUGUCAGCUCCCCGGGCAAGUUCAGUGUCGCUGUAGAGAUAUUUGCAAUUUUGGCCUCCAGUUUUGGACUGCUCAUAUGCAUAUUUCUUCCCAAAUGUUACAUCAUACUAAUGCGACCUGAAAAGAAUACAAAGAAGAGCAUCAGAAGUAAAGGGACAGUAAAAUUCUUAUAAAAAAAAGUAUUGGAGCAGAAUUUUUUUAGAUUUAGAAAGAGUUUCAGUGAGAUGAAUUAACUGUUUAUAGACCCUAUGGUCACAUAUUAUCAAAUUAA